AUGAGCAAGCCUUGUUCGCAGCUAAACAGCAAAGUUAUAAGGGAUAAAGUGGAGUGUCACAUAGUAGCAGCAAUUGAGAAAACGUGUUCUGUUGUGGCAUUUAAGUGUGUUUGGAGAGUAAGCGAUGAAGAAAUUCAACAAGCCUGGAAUUGGAUCUGCGAAAAGCGAGAUGAAUGUGAUUUGGAAUUGUCGAAACUGAGCGAGGUUUGCUUUUUCUUUUCGGCAAUAAGCACCUCAAAGCUUGACAGCAAAAAGAAAAAAUCAACAACAUCAGAUGAAGGACGAGAAAUCGACGAGUCAAACGAAGAAUCUGCCAUAAACCCCUCGGAAAUUUCAACGCCUGGAAAGCAAGUUUUCCCAGCAAUUUCGUAUUGGGUGGCUUGCCAAACUCAAAAUGGUUCAGCUGUUAAUCCCAUGAAAAUUCAACGUGCUCUUGGGAAAUGCGGGCUCGAGUUCUAUCUUUCCAGGGCAUCAAGGAAAAAAAAUUCUCACGACUUGAACCAACUCUGCCAAGUUUUAAAAGAUCACAAGAAUCCUUGCCUGAUGAAUUUUGUGGAGGCUUCUUAUCAGCAUUGUCUCAGGUUAGUAUACUCUAUGCAAAACUGUUAUAGUAAAGGCUAUAGUUAACCAAAGAAAUCAACACCUAGGAGUCCACCCUUAUUGUUGCCAUCUUCUCGUAGUCAAGCAAUGUCUCUAAUUAACUGUCUUGACUCAAAUAAGUAACAAUAUGCAAGGGUGCAAGUGGCUAAUUAAGUGCGAUUUAGACCAUCUGGGAAUUUUAACACGAAAAAGAGCGUUAAUUCAAACUUUGAUGCGCUAGUCAAAAAUUUAUUUUGAGAUAGUAAACUUGUCUGUUUUUUAUUCUUUAUUGACAGCGCCCUUCAAGACGAAAUAGAUAUUUGUGAUGACGAACAGUCUCAAGAAAUGUUGUCGACAGAAAAUGUGGUUCGUGUGCGAGUGCUUAGGGAAGAAUUCAAACCGAUGAUGACUACAUCUAUCCGAGAAUUGCGCCGCGCUGGUUUGAAAAUCGAUUGUUUUGGUCUCCAUGCCAUGAAAACGAAAGCAGCACCCCGGGCGUAG